AUGCCCGCCCCAUCACCUCCUCCACCAUCAACAUCAACAAGCUUCGAGCCUACCUACCAUCGACCCUCCCAUCGGAAAGACUUUCAGAUCGCAAUUAUUUGUGCCCUAUCUCUCGAGUACGAUGCCACCACACUCCUCGUGGACGAGUUCUGGGACGAGGAUAAUAGACAGUACGGGAGAACCUCUGGAGAUACAAACUUCUAUAGGAAUGGGCGGAUCGGCAUGCACAAUGUCGUGCUCAUGCUUCUACCCAACAUGGGCAAAGCCGCGGUCGCUGGUUCAGCAGCUAGCCUGCGGACGAGCUAUUCAAAUUUGAGGGUUGCUUUCUUGGUGGGAGUCUGUGGCGGAGUUCCCAUGCUUGGUCCACGUGAGGCGCUCCUGGGCGACGUGGUAAUUAGCGAGGCUAUCAUUCAAUACGACUUUGGCAGACAAUACCCUGGGGAGUUUAUCCCUAAGGAGAUGGCUGUGGCCACCCAGAAUCUACCAAACAAGGAUAUUCGUACUCUCCUUGCUUACCUCAAAUCUGAUACUGGGAAGAACGAAUUACGACAGAACACUGCUAGGUAUCUAAAAGCUUUGCAAGAUGCAGCUAUUAUGAAAGAAUUUCAAUACAGUUACAAGUACCCUGGUUUCGCCGAGGAUAAGCUCUUCGCUGCGACAUACCAACACAAGCAUCGAGGCGGAUCGUUGGCCGAUCCAUGUUGCGCUGUAUCUGAGAGUUAUUGCGAUGAAGCCGCACUAUCAUCCUGUUCUGAGCUGAGAUGCGAAGAGGAUAAACUAGUCCCAAGACAGCGUUUAGAAAGGAAGCGACACCUACCAUGGGAGGAAGCGCAAUGUCCAGAUAUUUUCAUCGGGCGUGUCGCAUCAGCAGACACGGUGAUGAAAUCCGGCGACCAUCGUGACCAAAUUGCCAAACAAUACAACAUCAUAGCGUUUGAAAUGGAGGGAGCGGGGCUCUGGGACGAGGUUCCUUGCAUAGUUGUCAAGGGCAUUUGCGAUUAUGCCGAUAGUCACAAAAACAAAAUUUGGCAGCCAUUCGCAGCGGCGACGGCUGCAGCUGUCGCCAAAGCUGUUUUG